AACUUGUCCCAAACCAAAAUCAUAAUCACCGCCGAACCUACUCUUCCCUUCCAAUCAAAAGAAAUUCAACUUUAUCCGAUACUACCGCUUUCAAUCUCAUCCUUCGAAACCCAAACUUGAGCUUCUUCUUGUUUCUUGCUCGUGGAAGCAAAUGACAACCGCGCCCUCUCUAACUGGUCCCUUGUCAAACGCGGUCGGAUUCAGUGACUGGAAAAAACAUGCCCCUUUGUCAGCUUCUCUCUGUAAACUAAGCUCCAGUUCAAAUAUAGUUGACAUGAAGAUAUCUCGAUGUGGUUGUCGGAAAGUUGGACAUGGCCAAAGAUGUUUCCGAUUAUAUGCCCUAUUUGGAGGAAAAAAGGACAAUAAUGGGAAAAGUGAUGAUGUUCCUUCUAAGGCCGGAAUUCUAGGAAACAUGCAAAAUCUUUAUGAGACUGUGAAGAAGGCACAAAUGGUUGUCCAAGUUGAAGCUGUGCGUGUGCAGAAAGAACUCGCAGCAGCAGAGUUUGAUGGUUAUUGUGAGGGUGAGUUAGUUAAGGUAACGCUGUCUGGGAACCAGCAACCUGUAAGGACGGAAAUUACUGAGGCAGCUAUGGAAUUGGGAUCUGAAAAACUUUCUCUUUUAAUCACUGAGGCAUACAAGGAUGCACACCAAAAGAGCGUCCAGGCCAUGAAGGAAAGGAUGAAUGAUCUUGCACAGAGCUUAGGAAUGCCACCGGGGCUUAGUGAAGGAUUGAAGUGAUGAAUACUUUUAUUAUAGACUUACGAAAUUGGGCCUCAAUUUUGCACAAACAUGGCAGGAUGAGCUUAUUUGUUUCUUCAUUUACUAUGUCUGUUAAUUUGCAAUCUUGGUUAUUAAGAAAGAAAUGGUGGUGGAGUUUUAAUUGUUCUCUGUUUUAUUCUUGUGUUAUUCUUGUUUGAAUGGUGAAAAUUCUGUUGUGUCCGUAUCCUAUUAUCCAGUUUUAUCGAUAGAGAAAAACCUGUGCCUGGUUAUGAGGUUGUUGAUUCAUCAGCUGAAACUGAAUAAAGUGAAAAACCUUAGGCGAGGCA